GUUGUGUUUGAUGUCCGGGAUUCGAGAUGGGAGCCUGGAAGGAUGCAGAGACUUUAUCGCACAGCGGUGAUGAGGAUCCUGGGGCCGCGAAUCCAUGGAACGUUAUGAUAAAACAUCGUCAGGUGCAGAGGAGGGGACGACGCUCUCAUGUGUCUGUGAGUUUCACAGACCCUGCAGUCUCAAUGGAUCUAUUACGAGCAGUACUGCAGCCAAGCAUUAAUGAGGAGAUAAAGAGUGUUUUUGAUAAGUACAUGAAGUUCUUUCAGAAGGCUGCAAGUAAUGUAAGGGAUAAUGUUGGAGAGCAGGUGGAUCCAGAGCAAUUAAUUCACGAGACCUGUCGUAACUGUUUGGAGCAGGCAAAGGUUCUCUUUAUUGACAAAGAGAAGGGACUGCCACGGCCAGUAUUAGACAGUUCUUCCAUAAAGAGAGCCAGACAUGGAGAAGAUGAUCUAUCAAUGCGUAGAAGCCCAGUGCCAAAAAAGAGGAAGGGAAGGCCAUCCGGGCAUACAGUGUCCAGCGACAGAGCCAGUUUAGGAUUUACACCACUAAAGUUUAAAGCUACUGAGCCCAUUAAACGUGAAGGGCCAAAGUGGGACCCAGCGAGACUAGAUGUAAGGACCACUUUUGUGCUUGGUUCACGAGCAAACAAGGCCCUAGGUAUGGAAGGUACAAGAGGGAGAAUUUACAUUAAGCACCCUGAAUUAUUUAAGUAUGCAGCAGACCCUCAGGAUAAACAGUGGCUGACAGAGCAGCAGCACAUGAAGGCGACUGGUGGAAAGAUGGCUUAUCUACUUCUGGAACAGGAUAUCCUGGAUUUGGCUGCUAAUGAUGAUUACAAGGAUAGUCUGGAGCUGAAGCUGGAUGAGUUGAAGCCAUUUUCUGCUCCAACAUGGAUGAUCGAGAAGAUGAGAAAAUAUAUGGAAUUACUACGUACAGAGCAAGAAUAGCAAGCAGACAUUUUUGGUCUUUUUUUAACAUUACUGCUUCUGUGGCUGGCUACUAAAGAUGCACACAAAGCAGCCUUAAUUAUCCACGGUGGUUUAAAAAUGUAAACUGAAACCGUGUAAGAAACUUGAAUAGAAAUAAUGUAGCACUGUUGUACUAACCUUGAGUUACAGUUAGUAUUGCACAGUAAAGAUCCAUGUCUACAAA